AUGGCGACUCAAACCCUAGAAGAGACGACGACGACGCCGGAAGUGGAAUCUCAGGUGGGUUCGAGUAGUAGUGAGAGGCAAACGAGGGAGAGGAAGAAGGUUGAGCGUUUCUCGUUGCCUACUCCUAUACCGAACAAGUCCGUUUCAAUUGAAAAGGGUCGUGGAACACCACUCAGAGAGAUUCCAAAUGUGGCUUUUCAACUAUCCAAGAGAAAAGCUGACGACAACCUCAUCUUACUACACACCAUUCUCUAUGGGAAGAAAGCAAAGGCACAGAUGAUUAAGAAAAACAUUGGUCAGUUUUCUGGCUUUGUAUGGUCACAGAAAGAGGAGGAGGAGGAGAAGCAAAGAGGACGAGUCAAAGAGAAACUUGACAAAUGCAUAAAAGAAAAAAGAAGAAGUAGCUGUCAAAGUGCUUGA